GCUGAGGAAAAUGCCGAGGAUGUAGAGGCUCCAUCUUCAUCCAGAAAAGCAUCCGUGAAAUCCCAAAGCCAGGAUGAAACUGACGGAGAAACUUCAGAUGGCGUCAGUAAAUCUGUUCAUCGGGUCUUUGCGUCCAUGCUUGGGGAAAAUGAAGAGGAGGAGGAGGAGGAGGACGAAGAGGAAGAGGAAGAGGAAGAAGAGGAAGAAGAAACUACUGAGCAACCCACAGCUGGAGAUGUUUUUGUGUUGGAGAUGGUACUUAAUCGAGAGACCAAGAAAAUGAUGAAAGAGAAAAGACCUCGCAGCAAACUUCCUCGUGCCUUGAGGGGUCUGAUGGGAGAGGCCAAUAUCAGGUUUGCUCGAGGAGAACGUGAGGAGGCUAUUCUAAUGUGCAUGGAAAUCAUUCGACAAGCUCCUCUUGCUCACGAGCCAUUUUCCACUCUUGCCAUGAUCUACGAAGACCAGGGUGAUAUGGAGAAGUCAUUACAGUUUGAACUGAUUGCAGCUCACUUAAACCCUAGUGAUACUGAGGAAUGGGUUAGACUAGCAGAAAUGUCACUGGAACAGGACAAUAUUAAACAGGCUGUUUUUUGCUACACAAAAGCUCUGAAAUACGACCCAACCAAUGUGCGUUACCUGUGGGAGAGAUCAAGCCUGUAUGAACAGCUGGGGGAACAUAAGAUGGCUAUGGAUGGCUACAGGCGUAUUUUGAACCUCCUGUCUCCUUCCGAUGGAGAGCGCUUUAUGCAGUUGGCUAGAGACAUGGCAAAGAGUUAUUAUGAAGCCAAUGAUGUGAACUCUGCUAUAGAGAUAAUAGAAGAAGCCUUUACUAAACACCAGAGCCUUGUCUCCAUGGAAGAUGUUAACAUCGCAGCUGAACUAUAUAUUUCUUCCAAACAGUAUGACAAAGCAUUGGCGGUUAUUACAGAUUUUGCAGGAAUUGUACUUGAAAAGAAAGUAUCAGAAAAAAGUCCAACCGAGGAGAAAAAAGAUACAGGGGCAGCGGCAAAAACUGAAGAAAGCCAGGAGGCAGUGACUGAUGACAAAAGUCAUCUAGCUGCUGAAUCCAGUACUGCAGCUGUGGAGAAGGUCAGCUGCUGCAUACCUGAGGGCGUUCCCAUAGACAUCACGGUCAAGCUGAUGGUGUGCUUAGUUCACUUGAACAUCUUAGAGCCACUCAAUCCUCUUCUGACCACUCUGGUGGAACAAAAUCCAGAAGAAAUGGGUGACUUGUAUUUGGAUGUCGCAGAGGCAUUUCUGGAUGUUGGUGAAUACAACUCAGCGCUGCCUCUCUUGAGUUCCCUUGUCUGUUCAGAACGAUACAACUUGGCUGUUGUCUGGCUUCGGCAUGCAGAGUGCUUGAAGGCUUUGGGACACAUGGAGCGUGCUGCAGAGAGCUAUGCCAAAGUUGUCGAUCUUGCUCCAUUGCAUCUGGAUGCAAGAAUCUCACUUUCAACGCUUCAGCAGCAGCUGGGCCGACCUGAAAAAGCUCUGGAGGCUCUGGAACCAAUGUAUGAUCCAGAUACACUGGCCCAGGAUGCUAACGCUGCCCAGCAGGAAUUAAAGCUGCUCCUCCAUCGUUCGACACUGUUGUAUUCCCAAGGCAAAAUGUAUGGUUACAUAGACACUUUACUUACGAUGCUGGCAAUGCUGUUGAAGGUAGCAAUGAGCAGAGCUCAGGUGUGUUUGAUAUCUAGUUCCAAAUCUGGAGAGAGGCACCUCUAUCUUAUUAAGGUGUCAAGGGAUAAAAUUUCUGACAAUGACGACCAAGAGACUGCAAACUGCGAUGCAAAAGCAAUUUUUGCUGUUCUCACGAGUGUUCUGACAAAAGAUGACUGGUGGAACCUCCUCCUGAAGGCUAUAUAUUCCUUGUGUGACCUCUCGCGAUACAAGGAGGCAGAGCUACUAGUGGAUUCCUCAUUGGAAUAUUACUCGUUUUAUGAUGAUAGACAAAAGCGCAAGGAGCUGGAAUACUUUGGGCUCUCUGCUGCAAUUCUGGACAAGAACUUCAGAAAAGCAUACAACUAUAUCAGAAUCAUGGUAAUGGAAAAUGUCAAUAAACCUCAGCUAUGGAACAUAUUCAAUCAAGUGACUAUGCAAUCUCAGGAUGUCCGUCACCAUCGCUUUUGUCUCCGCUUAAUGCUGAAAAAUCCUGAUAACCACGCAUUGUGUGUCCUAAAUGGGCAUAAUGCGUUUGUAUCUGGCAGUUUCAAGCAUGCUCUUGGACAGUACGUGCAAGCCUUCCGUGCAAAUCCAGAUGAACCUCUGUACAGUCUUUGUAUUGGCUUGACUUUCAUCCACAUGGCUUCUCAGAAAUACGUGUUGAAAAGGCAUGCUCUUCUAGUACAGGGAUUCUCCUUCCUUCACCGGUACUUGGACCUGCGUGGACCAUGUCAAGAGUCUUUCUACAACCUUGGCCGUGGCCUUCACCAGCUGGGGUUAUUGCACCUGGCAAUCCACUAUUACCAAAAAGUACUUGAACUUCCUCCUCUCGCCUUAGAGGGAAUAGAAACUGAUCAGACAGACUUGAGAAGAGAUACUGCCUUUAACUUGUCACUUAUUUAUCAGAGCAGUGGAAAUACGAGAAUGGCUCAAAAGAUGUUGUAUACCUACGCAGUUGUAUGAUGAGCGAAUGACUCCUGUCCCUUCAUACAAAAAAGGUUUUAUCAUGUCCCAGGAAAUACAGCCCUCAGCGAGCCCUGCAUGCUUAGAAAACAGAAGCCAGAGAUGCAGUAUACAGACUCCCUUUGCAUUAUUCUUUUCCAAAACUGAGUUUGAAAUACUCAGAAUCUUAUUGCUUGUACGUUUUUUUUUUCUAAACAGACUUGACAUAGAGGAAGGCUGUGGGGGUUUUUUAAGAGUUGUCUUAAAAAUUGACCAACAUCAAGGCAUUACUAUCAAUUGCUUUAUUUCCGAUCCCUUUGACUGCUAGAAUUCUGAAGUAGUUUAGUUUUUAAACCUAGGAGGUAUGAAUCUUUAGCAUUCCUACAAAUAAAAAGGAAAAAUACAAUCUGAAUGCUGAUGACUUUAGAUGCUGCUUUCUAAAUUGUUUUUAAGCACUAAAUAACAGAAACUUGCGUUUAAACCCAGUCACUAUGGAUGGGAAAAUUCACACUGCUAGCAAAUAGUGUUCUGAAAGGCUGUUCUAAACAAUUCUGAGCAUCUGGAAGGAAGAGAGACUACUUGUUUCGAUGCCAGUUAUCUAAAGCUUUCUCAAAUGCUUGUGGAAAAAAACUAUAUAUGAAGAUAGAACCUAAAUUUUCUUCUUAGCUAUAUCCAACACACAUUUAUGGUUAUAACAGAAACAGUCUUUUACUUAAUUUCUGUUUUACACAAGAUUAUAAAUAUGUUAUAUUGUAAUGGUGCAGCAGUAACAGAUUAGACAAGACUUCAGACAAAGCAAAAGACAGAACAGAUGUGGUAGGAAUGUGAUCUCCCCAAUAAAAAGUUUAGACAGGCGCAGCCCACAUAGAACUGACCUGCUUAAGCAAAGCACAGAACAUGAGCCAUGUACAGAAAAUACAUGUGCUAAUCUAGGCUUUAGGUAUAUAGCCGCAGCAGUACUGUCCAGUACAGAACUGGGUAAGUUUUAAAGCACAUUCCACUCUCAAUACUGCUAACAAAGUGCCUUUACUUUGGAAUUCUUUUUCAAAAAAAUGAAAUUGUGAACAUGUACUGCACAUUUUGUCAUUGUACUUUAUGUUAGGGAUAGAGAAUACACAGCGGACUGUGAGUUUGAAGCACAAAUAUUUCUUGGGGUAUGUGCAUCUGUAUGGGAUUUAUUUUGGCCUGUAUGUUCAUGUUUAGACUUAACCUGGCUGUAGCGUGUUUAAGGAUGCUCACAAGAACAUUAACACUGGGGGAGAUGAACCCAGCACCUUUCCUAAUGCUCCUUCACAGUAAGGACUAUUCUACUGAAAUAUAAAAUCACAGAAUCCUAGAACGGUUUGGGCUGGAAGGGACUUUUAAAAGUCAUCUAAUCCAACUGCCCUGCAAUGGGCAGGGACAUCUACAACUGGAUCAGGUUGCUCAGAGCCCUGCCCAACCUGGCCUUGAAUGUGUGGGAACAAACACCGAGGCAGGAAAAGGUUGAAAUCCAGCUGUUGCAAUUUUGGGAAAGCUUUCAUAAAUCACUCAGACCAAGGGACUAAGAGGUAAAGAAUACUUAAAUCAAUGCCAGCCUCACCCAUCAGCAUGUUGGGAAUAUUCCUCAAGCCUCACUAAGGGAAUUCGUAACAGUUUCAGUUGAACACACUACAUACAUUGUCAAUCAUCUACUUGGUUUAACCAUGAUGAUUUUGUUAGCUGUUUAUUGCUGAAGAGCUAUUCUAUAUAAAACACUAUCUCAAGGCAUACUUAAAGGCUGCUCAUAAAAGUAUCUACUGAUUGCCUUAAAAACUGAAUUGUUCCUUUUCAGUUGUGCUUACCUGACACCAGCACUGACAAGCGUAGAAAGCUGUUUGCCAUCCACAUUCGCUGAAGGCCACAGAUUGACAGGAGAAAAAAAAAAACCAACCAACCUUUUUGCUGCUUAGAAAAUUCACUGUUAAAUACUACUACAACUAAGAGAGGCUUAGCAGCUAUCAAGCCCAGGGAAAGGCUAGCGACACAGACCUCAAUUAUUGAACCUGCAGGUGGCAGCAAAGUUAGGUUACUACAAUGUUACUGAAAUUACUACAUUUAAAGAAAAUAACAAGUUCUUGUCUAUGGUAUACUUCUGGUGUUUCAAAUGGGUGAGCUGCCACUUGCUAUGCUGUGGUUCUGAGCAGGCAAACUAGUUUGCUUUCAAAUGAAAGCCAGUUAGAAGAUGGCGUCGAGAAGUGCUCCAGCUGCUCGUGAGCAUUCAGUCAGCAGGAUCAGUAAAAGAA